AUGGAUGCCACACAAUUACGCGAAAUCCUUGAGCAACCCCACGACGAAUCUAACCUGGAUGCCAAACCUGCGGGCUCCUAUCGUAGGCCCAACUUUCAGGUUGGCGCUGACGUAUCAGGCUGUGAUGCUACCGGAACUACAUCCAAACCCUCUGGACAUCUUUACACUGCGCGUUGGAGGUCGCAAAGCAGUAGCUGUGAGAAAAAUUCACGAAAGAUGGAACCUCCAGUUGUUCCGCCACAUGAUGCCGGCAUGUCCUAG